AUGAAGACAAGGACCCUGUCCGACAACAUGACAACCAUCAAGAUCACAGGGAUCCCAUCGAGCUUCAACUCAACUAGGAUCAGCGUGGCAACACAGCACGACCCCCACUACGCAGAAAUCCUGCACCGGUACAAGCACCUCACGCAACCCAUCAAACCAACUGAUGCAGGCGACCAUCAGACCCAACACCAUAUAAAGACCACCGGACAACCAGCAUAUUCACGGCCACGACGACUCCCUCCACACAAAUUAGCAUAUGCCAAGAAAGCCACUCUCUUUACCCGGCCAAUAUUUCGACGACACCAUACCCAACCUAACCACUGCAAGUCCUUUCCUCAGGAACUUCGCCAUAAAAUGGCCCAACUGAAGUAUACACCACCCAGGCAAUCAUCACCAGCUAUCCACGUUCCACAACAGCUUCAGGACUGUGAGUUCAUUUUUGUCCGAAAUGACGCGGUAAAGAAACCACUAACACCAACAUACCAGGGUCCAUUCAAAGUCUUAAAACGCUCUGAGAAGCAUCUCACCAUUGAUCGAGGAAGCCGGACGGACACCAUCUCCAUCGACAGAGUCAAACCAGCUUUUCUGGAAAAAUCCCCACGGGAGACAGAACCCGUCUCAACACACCCACGCAAUCGCAACCGUCAAAACCGAGGUCGGAGCCAAUCCCAGAAUCACCCAUCACUCCACCUAAGCAGACCCGUCUUGGAAGGAAAUCAAGUCGACCCAGCCCAGCAGCUGUCGGGACCCAGCAGCAGUAGCAGCAGUUGUUCAAACAGUCCUUUUUCAGGGCUAACUUCCGAAUGUCAUUCGAUCACCACUCUUCGAGGCUCAACACAGCUCACUCCUGCACCUUCCAGCGCUCCUGCACCUUCCAGCUCACUCCUGCACCUUCCAGCGCUCCUGCAGCUCCCAGCUCUCCUGCACCUCCCAGCGUUCCUGCAGCUUCCAACACUCCUGCAGCUUCCAGCAGUCUCCAGCUCACCCCUGCGGCGCUCUACUGACGUCCCGCGACUAUUCCAGCACCCGCUGACGACCUUAUCCAGUGCCCACUGA